AUGCCACCAAACAUAAUACUCCCCACCACCGCCGCCACCACCGCCCUACGAACCUUGCGCACGAGCACGAGCACACAUAUCCGCGCACUCUCCUCCCCCCACGAACAGAGGUCUAGCCUCGCAGCCCUCCUUGCAAAAUACACUGAGCAUCCAACGGGCUCCACCUACCGCUGGGAGACCCCGACACCAAGCAGCGCUCAACUCGGCACCGCAGUGAAAUUCUUCACCCGCCGCCAGCCACGGCACAUGUGGUCGGCCUCCAAGUUCAAGGAGAUAUGCUUCGGCACAGCGCCCGAAGUGGCCUUCCUGGGUCGCAGCAACGUGGGCAAGUCCUCGCUGCUGAAUGCCCUCCUGGACAAGCCGCUAGCGCACACGUCCUCCAAGCCGGGCCGUACGAGGCUGCUAAACGCAUACUCCAUCGCCAACGGGCGCGGCGUGCUGCUGGACAUGCCGGGCUACGGUCACAACUCUCGCGAUGAGUGGGGCGUGCAGGUGAUGAAGUACCUGCAGCGGCGGCGGGAACUUCGCAGGGCCUUCCUUCUCGUCGACGCGGAGCACGGCUUCAAGGGCUUCGAUCGGCUGAUGGUGCGGACGUUUGCGGAGCACGGUGUCGCCUUCCAGGUCGUGCUCUCCAAGGUCGAUAGGCUGCGCCCGGAGGAAUUGGUCGGGAGGUUGGUCCAGGCACGUGCAGUGCUGGAGGGGGAUGAUCGGGAGGGGGAGGACCGGCGCGCCGCGAAAGUGAGUUGUGGCCUUGGCGAGAUUAUCGGCACGGCCGCGAGUCCCGCUAAGAAGAGGAACAAACGCGUUGGGAUCAAUGAGCUCAGAUGGAGCAUCAUGGUUGCUAUGGGGCUGGACGACGAUGCUGGCGUGGAAUCGAGCUUCCGCGAACCCGUCAUGGUUGCCGGGAGGGAGGAGACGGGAUUGGAUGAUGUUGGGAAGAUUUCCCAUAGCGAAUUGGAUUUGGGGGAUGAUGGUGAGGAUGGCGAUGGCGGUGGUCCCGUUUAUCAAAAUUAG